AUCAUAUCUAUCUAAUAGACUCCAGUUUGCAUGUAAAUGGAGAGUCCUCUUCACACACUGAGGUUAAUGAUGGAGUUCGGCUGGAGAUGCAGAGACCAGUUGACAGGAAACGCACAUAAACUGCUUCCUGUGAAGAUCACCGUCAUCAUGCUCACAUCCUUUUCACAGACUGGAUUGUGAUGCUCUCGACUUCCUGUGAUGUUUGUGGAUUCUGCAAAUCUGUGAGAGACACUCUGAUUGGUCAACAUCGCGGACAGGCCAACAGCUCACCGAGCGCCGCGCUCAUCCAGGCAAUGUGCGGCUGUACGUCAGCAGUGAGCUCGGGCAGCUCCUGCAGCAGGUUGGAGCACUGCUUCUGGACAUAAAAGACUCCGCCCCCUUUGUCCACCUGCACAUUCAAUCAAGACAACUUUAUUAGUAAGGUGGCGUUCACGCAGGGCCAUUCAGACAGCGGCGUGCAGUCUCACCUUCCCCUCGAUGAUGUCGAGAACAGAGGAGAAGCUCAUCUGUCUCUCUUCAGGCAUCACAAAUCGAUCUCCAUUUACCGCGUCGGCGUAGCCAUUUGGAGUCACUGCCACGCUUAUGACCUUUGACCCCACCUUCUCCCUGCAGAGAAGAAAACGAUCAUGUGACAUCUACACCUGACGAGCCUGAAAAUGAUGAUGCACGAGCUCCACAGGAUAUCUCUCUCUUAUCUGGAUGAACUAAUCCUGACUUCAUUUAUUAGGAGCUGACCUGUUACCAUAGUGACAGGGGUGGGCGGGGCUUGCUUACCUCAGAUAGUCAGGGCUCCACUUGGACAGGGCUGGCCAGUGGCUGAAGGCGUUGCGGAUGAUGCAGGGCUUGUUUGCAGCGAUCCAAUCACGGUGGAACUGCAGCGGCUCAGGUGGCGCGUCCAGGUAGGGCACCGAUUGGCUCAGGUAUAGAUCUGAAAAGUGAUCAGUGAUCAGCAAUGCUGAUUGAUAAGCAAACACCUGAGAUACAUGGGUGGGUGGGGCAGUGAUGUCAGCAUCAGUCAUUCAUAUUAUAAUCACGUGAGCUCAUUUCCUGUUUGCUUGGUAAAAUGAUCACACCUCUAAUGACAGUCUGGAGAACUCUAAAGCCCCGCCCACACUCGACGUGGUUGGUCACGAUAUUCCAGGUUCACAAGCCGACACAGACCAGUAAGGACAGCAAGGGUCACCACGGCGACAUUUAAGCUGAAACCAUGGAAACGAAUGAAAAACACAUCUUACCCCCCCACUCAGCAAAAGGAGGCCACACCCCCACCUCAGCCCAAAGACACUGCCCUCCAUUUUUAAUCAUCCAGACCUCAUUCGCUGACCUCUGACCUCUGCACAGCCUCUCAGCGGUGGAAGGAUCUGCAUGUUGUCAGGACUCUGGCUUUAUGCUGGGGGGGGGGCUUGGUCUUCAAAGCCCUGCCCUCAUUUCACAGGACCCCUCCCAAUUGGCACAGGACCCCGCCUACCCAUCAGAGAAGUCUGGAGCGAGCGGCGAGGCCGGUGACGAGCUUGACCUCAGUUUCCUUCCCGAUGAGCUUAGCACACAGGAGGAACCGAGUCAUGACGUAUCAGGAGAGGAAGGCGGGUCUGCAGCUCUGGAUGUGUCUCAGGACAGCGGUGUUGGUGUGGACUACAACUCCCAGGAAUCCACAACCACCGAGGGCACACAGGAGGCGUCCACAUCAGGAGCGGGGACCAGGGCCUCCCCCUUCUAUCCGAUGACCCCCAUGACCCCUAUGACCCCCGUGACCCCUGUGACAGAGAGGUCAGGAAUCAUCCCGCAGUUACAGAACAUCGUCUCCACGGUGAAUCUGGGCUGUCUGCUGGAUCUGAAGUUCAUCGCCCUGCAGGCCCGAAACGCCGAGUACAACCCAAAGCGCUUCGCUGCGGUCAUCAUGAGGAUCCGCGAGCCACGAACAACAGCUCUGAUCUUCAGCUCUGGGAAGAUGGUGUGCACAGGAGCCAAGAGUGAGGAGCAGUCGCGCCUGGCGGCCCGGAAAUACGCCCGGGUGGUGCAGAAACUCGGUUUCCCCGCCCGCUUCCUGGAGUUCAAGAUCCAGAACAUGGUGGCCAGCUGUGACGUGUGCUUCCCCAUCAGACUGGAAGGACUGGUUCUGACCCACCAGCAGUUCAGCAGUUACGAGCCGGAGCUGUUUCCGGGACUCAUCUACCGGAUGGUGAAGCCUCGAAUCGUCCUGCUCAUCUUUGUGUCGGGGAAGGUGGUUCUGACGGGAGCCAAAGAGCGAGCCGAGAUCUACGAAGCGUUCGAGAACAUUUAUCCGAUCCUGAAGGGCUUCAGGAAGCAGUGAGAGCGGC